AUGAGCGUCCAGCUACCCCCGGCCACCCAUCGCAAGCGCGCCUUGCCCCAGGGCGAACUCGAGGCCGCCUCGACGCUCAAGCUCGGCGCGGACCAGAACACGCAUACGCUGUCGCUGUCCGAAGCGCGUCUCGUCAUCAACAAGGUGCUGGAAAAUAAACGAAGGGGGGGCAAGAAAUACGAGGAGCCCGAAAACCUUACCAAAACCUUGGACUACUUGGAGGUCUUCGCUCGCUUCAAGGACGAGGAGAACAUCAAGGCCGUUGAGCGACUGCUGAAUUCGCAUACCGAGUUGGAGAUGUUCGAACGGUCUCAGUUGGGGAGUUUGUGCUGCGACAACGCCGAAGAAGCCAAGUCACUCAUUCCUAGUUUGCAGCACAAAAUCUCCGAUGGGGAUCUGCAAGAACUUCUGGAUGAGUUGACCAAGCUGCGGAAUUUCACCGAGUAA